ACAUACCCCAGACAUCCUCAAGUCAACUCACUUUAAUUUAGAUUUCAAGGUGAAGGAAAUCUCACAAAUACAUCCUGCUUGGAAAUUACAACAACAACAGCACUGCUCAUCGAGACAUCACGACUCUCAAAUGUCAAAACUACAUCAGUCACUACUGUGCAUAAUACUUUCCUAAUACAUCUUGUGCUCUUCCAUAUUUUUCAGGUUCUUAAUGCUACAGUAAGAGACAAAGAACGGACAUGUAGAUGCUGAGCUUCACUUGAAAGCAUUUUUAGAAUUAAGCCUGCUACAAGUGGUAUUAGAUGAUCAUGCCAUGGCAAUCUCGGAGAGGACGGGUCAUAUUGCCGUGUGUGUGGACAAGUAUAUGCUGGUCUGGGGAGGCUACCAGGAAGGUGAUGACCACCCAGGGUUAGACCACUACCUACCCCCAGAGGAAUUGUGGGUCUACAGAACAGAUACAAAAGCAUGGCAGUGUGUAACGGUAUCAGGGACACAGCUUCCCCAUCAUCAAGAGGCACUUCCUUUGGGCACCUCUGGGGCUACUGCCAAUUUCCUCAAUGGCUAUGUAUAUGUGUUUGGGGGACAUAAUGUGUAUGGGAACACAAAUUGUCUACUGAGACUGGAGCUGGAGUGUUGUGGGUGGGAAGUGUUGAUGGGAGACCCAGAGGCUCUACAGCCCAGCCCCCGUGACAAACUUGCCUCCUGGGUUACCAGGACAAGGUUUUCCCUCGUGGAUGGAACAACCAAACUGCUGAUUUUUGACACGGUGACAAAUACGUGGAGUAAUCCAAAAUGUAAGGGUGUCGUACCUGUUGCCAGAGCUGCACACGCUGCUGCCCGUGUGGACAAUCGAGUGUUUGUAUUUGGAGGGCGUAACCUGGAGCAGAGGUUAGGGGACCUGUAUGAACUUAACCUGAGCACCCUCACCUGGAGUAAGGAGUUACAACCUAUUGGAAACAGACCGUGUGGACGAUCGUGGCACACUUUAACAAAAAUCUCAGGCCCUAGACUAUUUCUCUACGGGGGCUACACUCAAGACAAAAAACCCUUAGGGGAUGCCUGGCUGUUUGAUGUGAACCUGGUACAGUGGACAAAACUGAGGAGAUCCAUGGAGCAUCCUCGGUUGUGGCACACAUGCUGUGUGACACCAGAUGAGGAUAUCCUCGUGUUUGGAGGAUGUUCUACUGAUAUCCUCAGCUUAUUGUCAGAUAUUAGACACUGUAAUGAUAUCCUGGAAUUCCGGCUGUCCCCUAAGUCACUGCUAAGGUUAUGUUUGGAUGCAGCAUUUACCCACAGAGCUGUGUGUAAUGAGGGUUGGGAGGUUUUACCACAGCACUUACAAGCCAUUCUCCAGGCCCGGCUUGAAGCUUGGGAGCAGCAGAGAGAGCCUGCCAAUACACUACAACCCACUGGUGACCAUUCAAACAAAGGACAGACAUGUGCUGUAUCCUAACAAACUACUCUACUCUCAUUGGAUGGUUAUGGCAGAACUCUAAAUCUAGACAAGAUAAGGCUUUCGUUAAGGAUACUAGAAUUUAAUUCAGAAAUGCUAAAAAUGUCAAAAUUAUGAGUGUCUCAUCCCUUAAUUCCUUGAAUUGCAUUAAUUAUCUGAAAAUGAUACCAUUUUGGAAAAAACAAGUUAGAUUUUUCCUUAUUUUCACCAAAGCAAAAGUUGUAUAAAUUUUGAAAGCUUUUUGAAAUCAGCUGUCUGUUUGACUGUUCAGUCAGUAUUUUGGGCUACACAAGGCAAAAUGCAGAAUUUUACUUCAGUGGAGUUCUAGUAUCCUUGAACAUGAACCUUGGUGACAGUUUUUCCACGAACCCCCACCGGUGCCAUCAGGUACCAUCAGGUCUGAUUCCACAAAGUGAGUUUUAGCCUAAGUCAAAAGUUAAACUGUUCAAGGUCAAAUUUCAACCUUAUCUUUGUACUGUUUAAGUUUAAACUGGGAACAUUUGGCAAGAAUUAUCUAAAGACGUAUCAAAAUUUUAACUCCUUCAGCCAUAAAUUUUGUACUACUUAUGGUUUUUAAAUUUUGACUUACAGUAAAUCAAAAUUGGCUUUGUGGAAGUGACCGUGAGCCCGAUUCCUUAUACUUUUAUCUUUUCCCGUCCAAGUGAUUGAGGAGUAGAUGGUCAUUAUUGAUUUGAUGGCUUUAGAGACUGAUAAUGACAUAGAAAAGUCAUGUCAUGAAGGUACAUGAAGAUAUUUAAUAUCACACGUAAAGAUAUUGGUAUACAAGUACAUUAUUUUAAUUUUUCCACAGUGUUCUUAGCAAGGCUUAUUUUGAGGCUUUCAUUUUGUCUUUUACUGUAAACUCAUACUUUUUGUUGCACAUCUGUACGUCACACCCAGGUAUUUACUAAUUUACUUCUUUCUUUGCCGUAUACAGAAAUCUCAUUGCUUCUAAUCCACUAGCAUAAUGCCUGCAGACGAAUAUAAUUUUGGUCAUCUGGAUUGAAAAACGCUCAGUAUUAUUUCCUUUCAUUGAUGUGAUGGAAGCUGUACUGUUUUUUCAUUCUGUUUGCUUUUGUACUGUUUUGACCAUAAUGUGAUAAACAUUGCACCGCCCUGCAAUGCUGCAUGAUUCCCCCAGUUCAGAUCUCUUUGGUGGGUCAGCAGUCUACAGCUCCGUUCAUAGCUGGGCAUCCUCUCAACUGCUGUGGUGACUGACCAUCUGUUAGGGUACAGUGUCUUUCAGCACUUUUUGUCUGUGUUAUUGACUUGAGUGAUACCUUGUGACAGAUAUCUCAAACUGAUUCAAUGUCGAAAAAAUUGAUGAGAACGUGUACUUGAAUGAGAUGGGAUGUAUUUGUACAGUACAUAAGUGUAAGCUUUCUGUUCUAGAGGUUAUUCUAGAGGUCAUUGCAUAUCUGUUAUAUCUCAUGUUCCAGUUGUUCCAAAAUGUUGAUGAAAACCAACAAAUGGCAGCACCUCAGCAAAGGUAUAAGUUUGUUGUAACAAGCUGGGCAGCAUACUUUUGUAUAAGGUUCUCCGGUGUCUAUGUACAGUUUUGGAUUGUUAUGUCAUCAAUCAUUUUGGCUAGAUUGUUACGGGUGGAGGAAACCAGGGUGGCUGGAGUAAAUCACCAUACUUAGGCAAGUUCUACUUACCUUGACAUGAACCACAGCUGUAUGUAGCUAUGUCAGUGUGUCAUAUACAUGGGAAUAUGCGUCUGCUUGAGAAAAUAUUUUCUCAUGGCCUGUACGCAUUUGAUGUAACUGACUGUUCUUUAAGGGUUUCCCUGUUUCCUCUCACCAUAAUGCUGGGUGCCAUUUUAUGAGUGAAAUAUCUUUAUGUAUGGCGUAAAACACCAAUCAAAUAAAUAAAUAAAUAAAACAUAGACUUGAUGUAACUGGUUGUUGGUUAAAACUACUUUGGUUACAAUGAUUAAAUUUUCCCCGUGACAUUGUCAUAUUGAUGGAAGGCAAGAGGUCUCGAGCUUCAUAUAAGGCCACACGAAAGGUUAUGUGGACUGGUUCCUACUACGAAGGCCCCAAAAGGAAUGGGAAUAAGAGAAUCUUGAAAAUUCCUUGUCCCUGUAUGGUAAAUAUAUUAAACACAGAUCUCAUGUGAUGUAAUGGUUAUCAGGUUAUCGAGAAUUUUUAGCUUGCCUGUUCAACAUACAGCGAUCAUGUCAAAAGCAUACUUUUACUGAUGAUCAGCAUGGCAAGUCAUUGUUAACAUCAAACUUCAAAGGAAAGAAAAUCAAAGGAUCUGUGACUGUAGGAUACAGAGUAUCACACAGAACAUAAUUUCAAUUCAUAAUGCACUUUGACUUCAUUGUGACACUUCUUCAUGGCACUGAUAUUGUUUCAGUCAGAACAUGUUUGUAACCACCUGUCAGUAAAUGAGCAAAUGGCAUUGUCCAUCUUAAAGUUUCUGGCAUUACUGCUAUAUCCACAGAUUCACUAUAAUUAGAGUUAUUCAUUCUGUUAUGUUUGGCAAGCAUGUCUUAAGGUUCAAAAAACUUAUUUAGUAACAAUCUGCUGAGGUGUGUAUGUAAGUUUAUCAUGACUGAGUAGAUCUUCCUGUUAUAUCGCAUAUGUUUGAACUUUUCGCGACUCAUAAUGUUUGCUCAGUCUUAUUUAAGGAUAGGAGACUUUGAUUUUGAUUUUGGCUUGGAUUUUAAGAUUGGAGGAUAACAUGCUAAUGAGUACUUGAAUGUGUUUUGAGUUACAGUUGUUACAGAUUUUCUUUGCAGUAUUUGAUUUAAGUUCUGAGACAUUUGUGUUCAGGUUGAGACAUGGGUAUGAAUACCUUGCUGUGAAAUAUAGGCAUACACAAAAAACUUUGUUGACAGAACCAUGACAUAUUGCCUUUACAUUGACUGCAUGGUACAGUUUUGACAGUAGCUAGUAUGCAACAUAAAUGUUUAUGCAAUUUGCCAAGGUGAUGUCAGUUAGGAGUCUUUGUUCUUUUUGUAGUUUGAGCAAUAAAUGAAUGAACUGGUAGAUAUGUUUAGUUUACACAUUAUAGAUAACUUAAUAAAGUAGUACCAAAGAGGGCAUGAUUGCAUUUACUGAUAACUGAAUGUUGACAGUGUGCAUUAUGGGUAUGCAUUGUACAAGUAAAAGAUUGUUAAAUGGUCAAAUGAAACAAAUUUUGAAAGAAAGAAGCAUAAAUUUUAGAAAAACGAUUGAUAUUUGCGAAAGUGAAUUUAGAAUUUCUAAGGGAAUGCUGAUACAUGUACAAGCCAGAUUACAAAGAAUGUUUGUAAAGUUUGUGUAGGAACAUAAUCUCCCUAGAGUGUUGUAUUAUCUGCUACACUUAACCAGUCUGCAAUUUACCAGUUAAAUUUGAAAGGUGAGACCAUUUGCUCCCUACCUUUGUUUAUUUUACACAACUGACAGAUUGGCGGCAUCAGCGGGGCAAGCAGGUCUAGGCUUAAAAGCAUGAACACACCAACUAACUCUUCAGUUCCUAAACUUCAACUUUGGCCUAUUUCACACUGCAGCUUAUUCUGGGUAGAAUGCGAUUCCCUAUCAGCUGCUCUUGUUUAUUUGAAUAAAGCUGAUCUCU